UUCUGGUGUCGCUCGCGCGCUCGGAGCGAUGACGGACAGCCAGGUGCACGCGCAUUGCUCAUUCCCGACGCCGCUGGUCCUGAUGCUGCGGGCGCACGAGCAUCAGCAGCGCCACUGAGACGCUCGGAACCUCGGAUCGGAUGGACUCGAGCCUCGAACGAAGCGAUGACAGCUGCUGAAAGACCGUCACCGACGUCUCCGAACCUCGGCCGAGCUCGUGAAUAAACGCUUACCCUCACCGAACCGCGCGUGGGCUUCUUCAUCAUCACAAAACCUUGCGCGGAUCUGGUGCUUUGACUUCGACUCCGAGUGCUUCAUGAGAUCUGCAGCUUGUCUUCCACGUUCUGGAGAGACACGUUCCGGCGCUUUAAUCUGGAUAUGUUGAAAGGCACGUAAGGAUGGAUGGGAUUAUUGGUGUUUUGGGGCUCCUGACGCUCGUUUUGGAAGGCAUCUCAUGCCAGGGAGUGUAUGCGCCUCCUACUGUCCAGAUUGUGCACUCGGGUCACGCGUGUAACGUGGAGGAGGAGCGUUACUCUGAGAGGGUUUACACCAUUCGAGAGGGAGAGACACUCGAGCUCACCUGCCUGGUCACCGGACAUCCACGACCACAGAUUCGAUGGACCAAGACAGCAGGAAGUGUUUCGGACCGAUUCCAGGACUCCAGCGUGUUCAAUGAAACCCUCAAUAUCGCGAAGAUCCACAGACAUCAGGGUGGACGCUAUUACUGCAAAGCCGAGAACGGACUGGGUUCACCAGCCAUCAAGUCCAUCAGGGUGGACGUCUACUAUCUGGACGAGCCUUUGGUGACCGUUCAUCAGAGUAUUGGUGAAGCUAAAGAGCAGUUCUACUACGAGCGGACGGUGUUUCUGCGCUGCAUUGCUAACUCCAACCCUCCCAUCCGCUACAGCUGGUACCGCGGACGAGACGUCCUCUCGCAAGGCUCAGAUAAAGGCGUGGAGAUCUACGAGCCCUUCUUUACCCAGGGGGAAACCAAGAUCUUGAAGCUGAAGAACCUGAGACCCAAGGACUACGCCAACUACAGCUGCAUCGCCUCCGUCAGGAACGUGUGCGGCCUCGCCGACCGCAGAGUCGUCUUCAGACUCACCAAUAAAACAGCUCCCGCCUCCAUCAAGCUGCUGGUGGAGGAUCCCAUCGUGGUGAAUCCGGGUCAGACGGUGUCUCUGGUCUGCAUCAGCACCGGAGGCGAGCCGGCUCCGAGCCUGAACUGGACCCUCAGCUCCGGAUCUCUGCCGCAGAAGAGCCUGAUGAAGGACGGGACGCUCACGCUGCCCUCCAUCGCCUCCGAGGACGCCGGCGUCUACAGCUGCGUCGCCAGCAACAACGUGGGCAACCCGGCCAAGAAAUCCACCACCAUCAUCGUACGAGCGCUGAAGAAGGGUCGUUUCUGGAUCACUCCGGACCCGUACCACAACGACGACAACAUCCAGAUCGGCCGCGAGGUGAAGAUCUCGUGUCAGGUGGAGGCCACGCCGCCCGAGGAGCUGCAGUUCAGCUGGCUGAAGAACGGCCGGGCGUUACGCAGCUCCGAGCGGAUGGUCAUCACGCAGACCGACCCCGACAUCUCGCCCGGAACCACCAACCUGGACAUCAUAGACCUCAAGUUCACCGACUUCGGCACCUACACGUGCGUGGCGUCGCUGCGGGGUGGCGGGAUCCCCGAGAUCAGCAUCGACGUCAACAUCUCGUCCACCACUGUUCCUCCGAACCUGACCGUGCCGCGGGGCAAGUCUCCGAUGGCGGUGCGGGAGGGCGAGACGGUGGAGCUGGAGUGCCUUGUUUCAGGGAAACCCAAGCCCAUCAUCCUGUGGUCGCGGGCGGAUAAGGAGGCGCCGAUGCCGGACGGCAGCAUGCAGAUGGAGAGCUACGACGGCGUGCUGCGCAUCGUUAACGUGUCGCGCGAGAUGAGCGGAUCCUACCGCUGCCAGACCAGCCAGUACAACGGCUUCAACGUCAAGCCCAGAGAGGCCGUGAUCGAGCUCAUCGUGCGCUAUCCUCCGGCGGUGGAGCCGGUGUGGCAGGAGGUGCGGCAGGGGUUGGGUCGGCCGGUGGUCAUGAACUGUCGUGUUCUGCGGGCUCAUCCGUCACGCGUGCUGCGCUACGAGUGGAGGCUGAGCUCGCGGCUGCUGCACGCCGGCACCUUCGACUCGCGCGACGACACCGACUACACCAUACGCAGCCUGGCGCGGGAGGGCUACGGCGAGUACACCUGUGACAUCAUCAACGAGGUGGGGCCGGGACGCUGCACCUUCCUGGUGACCGGGAAAGCGUAUCCUCCGGAGUUUUAUUAUGACACCUAUAACCCGCUGUGGCAGAACCGUCCUCGUGUGUACGGAUACAAGCUGCAGUGGACGCAGAUGAACCCGAGUGCCGUGGACCGGAUCAUGGCGUACCGCCUCGGGAUACGACAGACGGGGCAGCAGCGCUGGUGGGAGCAGGAGAUUCCUGUGGAGGGAAACAUCCAGAAAGGAGAGCUGAUCACUCAUAACCCCCUUUUUCUCUUCACAGAUCCCGUCAAUCCUCAUCUGAGAGAGUUUCACUGCAGUUUUGAGGAGGAUCCUGUCUGCAUGUUCACUCAGGACAAGAAGGAUGACUUCGACUGGACGAGACACAGCGCAGCCACACGAGACACUAAAUACACGCCCAACACGGGGCCCAGUGGGGACCGCAGCGGCUCAAAACAGGGCUUCUACAUGUACAUUGAGACGUCCAGACCUCGAAAAGAGGGCGAUACGGCUCGUCUCCUGAGCCCCACGUUCAGCGUGGCCCCUAAAAACCCCUACAGCAUCAGCAGCCCGCCGGCGUACUGCUUCAGCUUCUACUACCACAUGUACGGCAAACACAUCGGCACUCUGAAUGCGUUUGUGAAGCAGAAAGGUCAGUCGACUUCAGAUGCCGGUCCAGUCUGGUCUCUCAGCGGGAACCAAGGGGACCGAUGGAGACAAGCCAAAAUUAGCAUCCAUCCUACUGCCUCCUUCCAGGUGAUGUUCGAGGGCAUCCGCGGCCCCGGGAUCGAGGGGGACAUCGCCAUCGAUGAUGUCACGCUCGAGGAGGGGGAGUGUCCUGACCCUCCGUCCAAUCCGAUCAGAGGAGCGGCUGCACACAGCGUCUCCAGUAUAUGGCCAUUGAGCGUCACGCUGUUUUUUACCGUAUUCAUCGGUCUGAGGUGACGCUCCACGUGAGAAAAGACUCCAGACAUGUCCCUCAAUAUCUAAUCACCAAAGAUUCAUGCUUUCGGAUCGCUGAGAAGGCACAACACCGGAUCCACACGGAACGAAACGACCACAAACAGAAUAACUAAUGCUAAAAAUAAAUUCUCCAAUGUCUGGAACCAACCGAGGGUUUGAACACUGACCUGAAAAGCACAACGGCUCGCAAUCGGGAUUUAACGGAAAGAGAAGCGAAACCGGUUUCGCGAAUGAAGAUUGAGUUUUACACACGAUUCCCCUUCCCUUUUUUUUCCAUCUUGAGAUGUUGUUGUCUGGUGCUUUGGAGUACAAUCAACAAAACAUCUCAUCUUCUUCUGGUUGACCGUCUCUUGAUUUGUUCUGGGUUUGGUUUGGAUCGGUGCUUUAAAGCGCAAAUCGUUUCGCUUUAUUCCCAGACUCCAGUAGCAGCCUGAUUUCUCAACACUGUGCUCACGUUCCCAAGCGGAGAACCUUGCGGUGAAAAGACUUGGUUCGUCGUCGUUCCCAGCACCAGUUGAGUGACAGAGUUUCUGCCAUUAAAAAAAGAAGUGCCUUCAGGUUAAAGAAACGAUCCGUUAGCCUGGCCAUCAACACCAAACGUCCAUGUUUCUAACAUCUGCGAUGGGCUAUUUUAUACUCAUUUCUAUCGCCCCUCAACGCUCUCCAUCCCGAACUGUCAUGCCUCUGUCAUUUAUAUACCGAACAAUGUGCAUUCUUAGAGAAAAAAUACAAAAUAUUCAUAAUUAUAAUAAUAUUUUAUUACUCUACCCAGAAUGUGUCUCAGCUUUUACACACGAACUGUGAAAAUCGUUGGCGUUAUCUACCAGAGCGCUCGACCGACCGCUUUGUUGUAAAAAAAAAGAAACGUGUUAUGAAAAUGUUUUGACAAGAAGCUGUGUCUCGUUUCUUCUGAUUUCCAUUGAAAUGUUCCGACUUUAACUGUCUUUAUUUCUCGUCGUCUCCCUUGCAUUGCUGAAAAUAUUAAAAACAGGCAGAAACACGCCGGUUUGGUAACUGUACAACUUGUAUAUGUAAAGAAGCUCUGAUUUAUAUGAGAUGUUUUAUGUACGAGUCAAAGGAAGCACAACAUUUAGGAUUCAACCAUUUAUAAGCAUCAUAUAUGUGAGUGUCCACCUGCAAAGCCAACGUGAAAAUAAAGUGUGACACUGGAAGCGUCGAAGCGGCUCGUUAUCUAAUUCAAUCAAUGCUACUUUACUUUCUACAGAAAUGCAUUGGCAUUAAAAUCAACUUUGCAUGGGCUAUUUUUGAAUAGAUUCACACAUAAUGGAAAUAUUGCUCAUGCAUAUGGUUAAAAACAAAAUAUGAAAACGUCAAAAGCUGACUUGCGGUCAAAGAUGUUCAGAAGUCGUUUAUUUAAAGUAAUAGUUCACACAAAAAUGAA